UUACGGUAACAUCUUUAAUUACGCAUCCUCAUAUAAUUUAACACGUUUGAAAACAAAAUAAUUGCCACCCGUUAUAACUUCUCCAAAAUAAAUCGAUCUGCGCAGAUUAUGUGCAUCAUUGACGUUCUCGGACACAUGAAUUAGCUGCGUUCAAUAUAGCUCGCGCGGCGCACCGGGUUGGCGUGAUUCUAAUGUCGCCCUGCAGGACUCCCGGGAGAGCUAAAUCGCGGAUUCGGCUGUCUUUGACUAAAUCGAGCGUGUCCAACAAACUCAUGUGAUCAGGAAGUGCAACUACAAAAUCGAACGAAAUGCUGUUUGCCAGCAGCAUUAGCACAUCGUUGCCAUUACAUUUAGCUAAAUAAUGUGGUACUCAGUGUUACAAAAAUCAUAUCUACACACCUCUGUAUAUCUCCUAAAAAAGGCUGCGCAUAAUCUAAAAGGAAAGAGUACUGCUGAUCAGCGCUGGAUAGUUCGGCAGCUUAAUGACCCCUUUGUGAAGGCUGCCCAUGUGCACAACUACCGGUGUAGAAGCGCCUUCAAACUGCUGGAGAUUGAUGACAAAUACACACUUUUAAAACCCGGUUUCAACGCAAUAGAUUGUGGUGCUGCACCGGGUGCUUGGAGCCAGCUCGCUGUUCACAGGGUCAACUCAACUGCGGCUAAUGGAGAAUUCCCCCGUGGCAUUGUCGUUGGAAUUGACCUUCUGCAUAUAGCACCUCUAGAUGGAGCUCACUUCCUGUCCAAUCAUGACAUCACCGACUCAGUCACACAUGCCAAGCUGCUUGAACUUCUCCCUGGUGCCCAGGCUCAUGUCAUUAUGAGUGAUAUGGCACCCAAUGCCAGUGGUUUCAAGGAGAUGGACCAUGAAAAACUCAUCACAAUGUCAUUGUCAUUGAUUGACUUGGCUGAGAAGGUGUUGCAGACCGGUGGCUCUCUGAUUUGUAAGUAUUGGGACGGGGCAUUGGCGCACCAGCUUCAGCAGAAGCUUUCAGCUGUGUUCCGUGACGUCAGGACAGUCAAACCAAAAGCCAGCCGAAAGGAGUCGUCAGAGUUGUUUUUCCUUGCCCGGUCGUACAGAAAAAAUAAAAUAGUCUGACUGUA